GGGGCGCAACCCUGAGAUCUUCUCACCACCUGGAGGCGAGAGGCGGCUGUUCAGUCCGCUGUUUGAAGAGCAGGCGGAGUCGGCAGAGCAGAGCCAGGGACCCGAGCGAGGUCCCCCGCAGACCCCGCAGCCCCCGCGAUGCACGCGCUCGCGCCUCUACUCCUAGUGCUGGUCGCGACGCACGCCCCCGCGCUGCAGCACUGCGGCAGCCCGGCCCGCGGCAACGUCUACCGGGCUGUGGACGCGCUGGAGAGGCUGGCCGAGUUCCUGUCGCUGCACACGGACGCCGCGACGGCGGACCACGCGCUGGGGGUGGCCAUCGCCAGGGGUGAGAUUCGGGCCGCGCUGCAGGCGCUCCACGGACCGCGCGGCCGCGGGGGUCACCAAGGGGCCCGGCCCCAGCGCGUCGCCGCUCGGCUGGUGGGCGUCCACGCGGACCUCGGGGGGAUGCUGCGAGGCCUGCAGGCGGCGACCGGCCCCGUGCCGUUGUUGCAGCCCGGGCUGUGGGAGGUGGUGGACUCGGAGCGAGACGUCAAAGGGCGUCCUGAGAUGCGCGCAGAGGACCACCUUGGAGGGCAACCGGAGGUACUCCCUCUCGCCGAUGUGCAUGGUGAGCCCUCGGCGGAGACCGUCCUGGAGCUCAGGGAGCUCGCCGGCCUCGGGAGCCCGACGGAAGCGGAGAGCGGACGAUGCAUCGCCGCCCUGCUCGGGCGCGGGGCGGCGGCCUCCGGCCCUGGAGGGCGGUGCCACGUCCCGGAGGACUGCGCUCGCAUCCAGACGGCGGGCUCGGCGGUGGGCUACGCGGCCACGCACAGAGUGCUGUACCACCACGUUGCGCGACAGCUGGGCUGUGCUCGCCCGGGCAGCGCCAUCGGCACCCUGGAGACGACGGCGCACCUGUGCGACGGCAUCCUGAGGGAGGCGGAGGACAUCGCGCGCGCCAACUUCCCGCCCCUGCUGCGGGAUCUGUUCGCAGAGCAGGUGGCGCUAUGCGGGCUGCAGGGCUUCGAGGCGUUCGCGCGGGACGCCUGGCUGGACCGACUGCUGAGCUGGCAGCGGCCUUCCGGGUGCUUCGGCGAUGUCGGCGAGCAGCUCGAGGCAGCCAAGCCCUUUCUGUCUCUCCCGAACAGCGCCCGCUUGUACGACCCUCUCGGCAGCCAGUGCCUGUCCCACCUGACUGGGGUGGCCACGGCCGCUGUGGCGUUCAACACCCGAGUCCUCGUGAACCGCUGGCUAGCGAGCGACUGCGCGCCACGAAGGAGGGGGGACGACCGGGAUCGUCCUGCACAAUAAGCGUAUAUCAGUCAAUAAAUUUAUUAUUAAUUGGUA